CCAUUCUUACUUUCUAAUAUGCCAACAUAAUCCCCAACCAAUAACCAUCCAUCAACCAAACCAAGCCACUCACAGCCAUGUAUCACUCAACCAUCUAAUUCAACACAAACACACCCAUCACCAUCCAUCGCUCUCGCCUUCUCUUUCACACACCUUCAUUCAUAUUCGUAUACGCCAACUCUCUCCCACAACCUCAUCUCCUCACUCACUUUCCCACUGCCUCUCCCACACCUCACCGGCGCCGCCACCGCCACCGCCGGCGCCACCGCACUCAAUGGCCUCAAUUCCGCUCGCAUGCUCCGCCAAGCCCAGGCUCCAGGCCAUGCCCUUCCUGCCCCUCAUGCGCCGUCGCGCGUCGUUUUUAUCGUGCGGCGGCUCCAAGGGCGGCGCCGCGGCGUGUUUCGCGUGCUCCACUUCGCGCAGGCUGGGGUUCCCGUUCCAGCGAAGACAGGGGAAGUUCUCGUUGCUUUCGUUCGGUGUUGACGAGGGAAGCGCCGUUGGGGAAGUGAGGGAGAGAGAUUGGUCUCAGCUUUUGUCCGCAUUGCUUCCUGUUGUUGUUGCUGCUACCGCUGUUGUCGCUCUUGCUCAACCUUCCACUUUUACUUGGGUAUCUAAGGAGUUAUAUGCUCCUGCUCUUGGUGGGAUUAUGUUGUCUAUUGGAAUAAGACUAUCCAUUGAUGACUUUGCUCUUGCAUUUAAAAGACCUUUGCCACUUACUGUUGGGUUAAUUGCACAAUACGUACUUAAACCUGCUAUCGGGGUCUUGGUUGCAAAGGCUUUUGGCUUGUCUAGGAUGUUUUAUGCGGGUUUUAUCCUCACAGCGUGUGUUUCUGGGGCUCAGUUAUCCAGCUACGCAAACUUUUUAAGCAAAGGGGAUGUAGCCCUAGGCAUUCUUCUCACAAGCUAUACCACAAUUGCAUCGGUUAUUGUUACACCAUUGUUAACUGGUCUUCUGAUUGGAUCAGUAGUGCCAGUUGAUGCAGUUGCCAUGUCCAAGUCAAUCCUGCAGGUUGUUCUUGUUCCUGUAACACUUGGUCUUCUUCUCAAUACAUAUGCAAAGCCAGUUGUAUCUGUUCUUCAACCUAUGAUGCCCUUUGUUGCUAUGAUUUGUACUUCAAUGUGCAUUGGCAGCCCUUUAGCUUUAAACCGGAGUCAAAUUUUGUCAGGCGAAGGUCUCCGAUUGGUUUUUCCAGUAUUAACAUUUCACGUUGUUGCCUUCACUUUAGGAUAUUGGUUCUCAAAGGUUCCAUCCUUGAGGCAGGAAGAACCGGUAAGCAGGACAAUUUCACUAUGCACUGGAAUGCAGAGUUCUACCCUUGCAGGCCUUCUCGCAACCCAAUUUUUGGAUAGUAGUCAAGCAGUUCCUCCUGCAUGUUCUGUCGUUGCUAUGGCUAUAAUGGGUCUCUGUCUUGCCUCCUUUUGGGGAAGUGGCUUUGUAAUUAGAAAUCUGUUGCCAUUACCUCCACUCAGAACCAAUUCUGCUGUUUAAACAUAACUUUUUGUUCUGAUACAUGUCAUUGAGGCUUAUUUGUAAGCAUAUCAGUUGGUGGAUGGAAACUUGAGAAAUUUGAUCUUAUGGUACCAAUUAGAGAUGGUUAGGAAAGGUAGAUUAGUAGGAAAAAUUCAAUUGUAUAGGUUAGUCACAUACGAAUCAGCAAGAAAGAGGUUUCAUUAGUAACACUGUAAUAUUCCCUAGAGAAAAAAUUACUUAGUAACGGAGGUAUAGAUGCAUAGAUACUACCAAUUGUUACAUGGCUGCAAAUCAGUGUACUUCUGUACAAAGACUCAAACUAUGUUGUAGAUCAUUUACCAAUUAAACAGUUUUCUCUGUCC